AUGCCUUCACCAGUGAUCCUCCUUCUAGGGGCCGGUGCCAAUAUCGGCCAUGGUAUCGCGCAGAGGUUCUCUUCAUCCGGCUACAAAGUAGCCAUUGCAUCCCGAAGUGGAAAAUCCGCCCGAGGCACCGAUUACCUCUCCGUCAAAGCUGAUUUGACCCAGCCACAGGACGUGAAGUCGGUCUUUGACACUGUCAAAUCGGAACUGGGCAUACCGAGCGUCGUCGUCUACAUUGCCUACGGCCUAACCAUGGCAGCCGAAUCCAACCCGCUCUCCCCGCCCCUGGAGAAGCUCACCUCGGACCUCGCCAUCAAUACCGUCAGCGCUUUCGCCGCGGCUCAGGAAGCCGUCAAAGGCUUCGAAGAGCUCGGGUCUAGCGCCCCCAAGACUUUCAUCCAGAUCGGAAAUAUGCUGAAUAAGAUGGUCUAUCCGAGACUCAUCACCAUGGGCAUUGGCAAACAGGCUGCCGCGCAUACGAUCGCGGGUUGUGCGGAGGCUUACGGCGGUAAAGGGUGGCACUUCUACUACGUGGACGAGCGCAGGGAGAACGGUCAGCCGGCCAUGGGGCGCGAUCGAUGGACCCGCUCACGGCGAGUUCUGCGUCGAGCUUGCGCGAGAACCCCGAACACACACCCAGUCCCCACUCCUACAAACAAGGACUUACCCCGAGCCCUUCACAACCCAGACACACGACCCCCGCCUCCCUAUGGGCCCCCAAAUCCCAACCCCGCCACCGCGUCUCCAGAGAUCCGUCCUAUCCGACGCCUUCUCCCCGACCGAAACCCUGUGUCGCGCACCUACACCCAUUGCCUCGUCAGCAUUCCCCCUUCAUACCAAGAUCCGUACAAACACAUCCUCGAAACACAUCCUCCAUCGCUCUCGAGAGAAACCCACCCCCGGUACGCACGGAGUGGAAAGGAAAGGAGGGAGUCGAACACCCCCCCAAAAACGCACCAAACCCACACCUCCCGCCCCUCCUCCUCCUCCUCUCCUCCAUCCACGCACACCGCAGCGACCCCGCCCAUGCCCGACCCAACGCGCUCGCUCGGCGGCGUCGUUCGGUCCCCCCCCCGCUUGCCGCAUCCACGUGCCCCGGUCCGGCGCGCCGGACGGAGCAAGAUCUCGUGCCCCGAUCGAUCGAUGUGGCGUCGCUGUGGCGGUGGUGGUGGCGGGAGGGACAGACGAGGCAUGGACGGUGGGUUGAGGGGUCGGGAUGGGGGUGCUGCGGGUGCUCUUGGGUGCUAG